AGACAUAGUUGCAGUUCAGCUCGCUAACAUGCAACAACAAUUUAGUGUUUUUAAGCUAGAAUUGGCUCAGCUCUUGGCCCGGAACAACCCUGGUGACCCCCUCAUCAAUUUACUCAACCCUGCUCCACAACCCCUGGCCCCACAGCAAAACCCUGAACCAAUUCAGCAUGCUCCUGCUCUUAGUGAAUCCCAGGGUCAAUCUCAUGUAGCACCAGCUCAACAACCCCCUCAUCAUGAUGUCUCUCAACGAUUGGACAGCUUAGAAAAGCUGGUGGCUGAACAGCGAGGUGUCCCCCCUCCACACCAUGUUGCUGACUCCAUACCUCACCCCCUGAACACCAACAUCACUCUGGAACCUUAUCCCGCUGGCUUCAGGAUACCACAACUUGAGACUUAUGAUGGGAUGAAGGAUCCCGAUGAUCAUCUACAUGCUUUUUACUCAUGCAUGCAAGCUCAGAACGCCUCUAACGCGUUGAUGUGCAAAAUUUUUCCCUCUACCCUCCGGGCUGUGAUCUCUGGUCUUAGCCAUGAGAGAUUCAGGGAUAGUUUGCUCAAACACCCUGCCACCACCUUUACUGAGGUGAAUGACAGGUCUCUGAAAUUUAUAACUGCUGAGGAAUAUGCCCUGUCGCAGAACUCAAUUCCCUCCAAAAGCCAUAACCCAGAUUGGAGAGAUGAGAAUCCGAGCAGGAAACGGAUGAGGACAGCACAGAACCGAGGUCCGAUGUCGACCUCCAUACCGAGAUUCGGAAGGCCGAACUCCACACCCCCACAGCAGUCUGCAGGUAAACCUCCAGUUACUUGGACCCCAUUUAACUUGCCGAGGUCACAGAUUUUCAUGCAGAUUAAGAACAAGAUGGACUUAAGGCGUCCUGGUCCAAUGAAAACUACCGUUGUUAGCCGCGACCAUACCAGAUAUUGGCUGAACAGCCAAGGUUUGUCAGAGAACAUGGGCCACAACCCCAAGGAGUCCGUAAUCCACCAAACAGGCAAGGGAGAGGUUAAACAUCAGAGCCAAGCUCAGAAACGGAAGUUUGACGAUGCUGAGUGGAAGAAUCAACCCAUCACUUUUACAUCUGCUGACUUCGACACAGUUGUUACACCCCACAAUGAUCCUUUGGUCACUUCCGUCCUGAUUAACAACUGUGAGGUGCAACGUGUCCUUGUUGACACUGGGAGUGCACCAGACAUUAUAGCUGCUCCAGUUGAAGAUGUUGAAGAAGUGCCCGUUGAUGAUAGAGAUCCAAGCCGCAAAACACAAAUUGGAACUCGGUUGAACUCGGAGGAAAAAUCAGAGCUGAUAGCUUUUCUCCGAGCUAACAGUGAUGUCUUCGCAUGGACUUCGGCAGACAUGCCAAGAAUUCCCAAUUCGGUAUCUCAACAUAAACUCAGCACCAAUCCAUUGAAGAAACCAGUGGCCCAGAAGCGACGUCUCUUCGGGGGAGAAAGGCUUCAGACCAUAAAGGAAGAGGCAAAUGGAAAAUGGCGGAUGUGCAUCGACUACACGAAUCUUAACCAAGCCUGCCCCAAUGAUUGUUAUCCGAUGCCAAACAUUGAUAAACUGGUCGAGGCAGCUUCUGGAAACGAGAGGUUAAGUCUCUUGGAUGCAUACUCAAGCUACCACCAGGUCCCAAUGGCUCCUGAGGAUGAAGAAAAAACCUCGUUCUAUGCAGGCGAUGAGAUCUAUUGCUAUGUAAUGAUGCCCUUCGGCUUGAAGAACGUAGGUGCCACUUACCAGACGAUGGUUACCAUCGUAUUCCGAGCUCAGAUAGGACGGAAUCUGGAAGUUUAUGUUGACGACAUAGUGGUAAAGAGUUUGAAGGCCGACGAUCACUUAACCGACCUUGAGGAGACUUUCAACAAUCUCAGACAGAAUAGAAUGAGGUUAAACCCAGCCAAAUGCAUCUUUGGCGUGGCGUCUGGAAAAUUCCUGGGUUUCAUGGUUUCCCGGAGAGGGAUUGAGGUCAAUCCAGAGAAGAUAAGAGCAAUUGCCGAGAUUGAACCACCGAAGUUAGUGAAAGAUAUACAAAGGUUGACUGGGAGGGUAGCAGCUCUUCAUCGGUUCAUAUCAAAGUCAGCAGAUAAGUGCCUACUGUUCUUCAAGAUUAUGAGGUCAGCCGCCCAGAAGGACGAAUCAGGUAAACAGAAGAAGUUUGAGUGGACUCAGGAAUGCCAAGCCGCAUUCGACGAGCUGAAGUCUUAUCUUAGCUCGCCACCUCUGCUGACUAAAGCCAAAGAUGGAGAAAUCCUCUAUUUGUAUCUGGGAAUUUCGGAUGAAGCCAUUAGUUCGGUUCUGGUAAGGGAAGAAGCCAAGCAGCAGAAACCAAUAUAUUAUAUCAGCAGUGUGCUGCAUGGAGCCGAGCUGAGGUAUCCUAUAGCUGAGAAAGUAGCUUUAGCAGUUGUCACUUCGGCCAGAAGGUUGAGGCCAUAUUUCCAGUCACACCCAAUCAUUAUCCUUACAGACCAACCCCUUCGACAAAUUCUGCAAAAGCCUAAGUGUUCUGGAAGGUUAAUUAAGUGGGCAGUAGAACUGGGGGAAUUUGAGAUAACGUUUCAGCAGAGAUCUACAAUCCGAGCUCAGGCACUGGCAGAUUUUAUUGUAGAGUGCACUCCAUAUGGAUAUCGGAGUGAGCAUGCUCUGAAAUUUAACUUUGAUGCAACAAACAACAUGGCUAAGUAUGAAGCUCUGCUACUUGCCUUAGUGGCUGAGCUAAAGUGCAAAUUCCAGAAGUUUUGUUUGAGCAAGAUUCCCAAAACCGAGAAUGAACAGGCAGAUUACUCUCCAAGUUUGCCUCGGACAGUUCUUCACAUUCCAGAUCAGUUUUUGUGGAGGCAGGAGGCAAUGAAGUUGCGGAAGAAAGCAUCUCGGUACACACUCAUUGACGGGGUCCUCUAUAAGAGAUCUUUCUCACUCUCUCUUUUGCGGUGUUUAAAUCCCUACGAAGCUGAGUACGCACUUCGGGAGGUACAUGAAGGUGUUUGUGGGAGCCACGUUGGUGCUAGAACUCUGGCCCACAAAGUCUUAAGGCAGGGAUAUUACUGGCCGAACAUGUACAAAGAUGCCACCCACUUUGUUCAGAGAUGCUUGAAAUGCCAGUUCUUUGCGCACCUGACUCACCAGCCUGCAGAAGAGCUCACUACUCUGGUAGCACCAUGGCCAUUUGCUCAGUGGGGAUUGGAUCUUUUGGGUCCGUUCGUGAAAGGGGUCACCUUGGUUUACCAUCCAGAGUCCAACGGCAUGGUCGAAUCUGUUAACAAAUGCAUUUUAGAAGGUAUAAAGCCGAGAUUAGAACAGCAUAAGGCCAAAUGGGCAGACGACCUCAACAACGUCCUCUGGGCGUACAGAACCACGAGCCGAACUGCCACAGACCUUGUUCUCAGGAAAGCUGGUCUAACGGGGUUCGAAACUCGAUUCGGAAAGUUAGCACCAAACUGGGAAGGCCCCUACACUGUCGCCGAAGUGCCGCACCCAGGCGCUUAUAUCCUACGAGACACUGAAGGCAAAAGGGUUCCCAGAGUCUGGAAUGUCAAUAACUUGAAGAAAUUUUACCCUUAAUACGCUUCUUUCCAGUGAACUUUGUCUUGUUUCUAUAAUCACUAUUAUUCUGAUUACUGUAUCUCGCAACUCAUUUCAUAUAUCCCAUUAAUGAAGUUCACUUCACAUUCGAAGUAAUUCAAUUCUUUCUCUUCUGUACAUUGGAAGUUAAUUCCUUAUGGCUUAUGCAAUCCCUUCAUUUUCUGGGAUACGAUUUCUUCAAUUACAUUUUCCUUAUGGUGUGAUUUACUUCAUCUCCUCUCAUUUGUUUGAGGUCUGCCUCGUGUAUGUCCGAAGUCAAUUCCUUGGCUAGUCGUUUUACUAUGUCCGAGGACAAUUCUUUGUGUUAAUUAAAGUCACUUCAUUUCA